CACAUGCACAUUGCUGCCUGUUGCCUAUUUCAUCUUGCGCCACUUGCAUGUGAACAGGUCUCACAUGUUUCUCAUCAUGCUUCACUUGCAACAUGCCGGGUGCGUCUUCAAAUAGACAACCUUCACCACUCCGGCCACUAUCUUUUGGCCCUCAACAUCAACCUUCAUUUCUUGGCCCUUGCCCCAUUUCCUUACCCACCUGACUUCCGAUCAGUUGCAAUACAGCGCCGGUAACAACACUUAGAAGUCAGCAAGAUGCGCCGCUCGCGAUCGCCUGCCGGCACCAACUCAGCCCCACCGCCAACCAAGAGGCGCAAAACAGCGAAACAUGAUGAGACCGACCCUCUACCUACUUGUUCGAUGACGCGCAAGCAGAAGCAAGCCGCCCAAACACUUGCUUCUGCAUUCGCGCAGGAUCUUGCUCAGCAUCGUGGUGUCAGCAAAGAGUUCGAGAACGCUUACCAGGCCUGGAUCGAAGCUGCAAAACAGCCUCAAUUCGUCAAGCCGGUAAUUGGACUCUAUGGUCCCACUGGACAGGGAAAGAGUGAGCUCCUCAAUGCAUUCUCUGGACAGUCCGACGCAUCCAAAUCGGCCGGCUCGGGAAAUGCUCUGACGUCUGUUGCGAUGCUCUUCGUUUCUCAUCUACAUGGUCAGCAGAAGAAACACGGCGCCAUCGUUCACGUUGUGAAGCAAGAUCGCCUUCAAGCGAUGGUAGCCCAAUGGGUUCGCGACUAUGUACGGUUUCACUUCGACAUCGACCCUGUACUGUCGGAUGAAGAGUUAGCCGAGAGGCAAAAGCUUGCGGACGUUGCCAAAACCAGAUUCCGGACGCUGUUCAACAACAAAUCUGGUUUCGCGACAGACGCUGAGCUCUUCGAAUUCUUCAAGAACCGCAGGCAUAACGACGCAGCCAUCGUCGCGCAGCUAUUGGCUUGGUGUGAUGAACUGCUCACCGGGUUUGAUAUGGAAGACGGCCAUCGGAUGCGUAGAUUCGAAGAGGACGAGUCAUCACGUCUGAACGAGGUGCUCGAGCGAUAUAUCUAUGAUCAGGACGGAUUUGCCACUCCCUUGCUAUGGCCACUAGUCGAACUGGUGGAGAAGGCAUGUCCGGACUCGCCGCAUCUUCGCUACAUCCAUAUACUCGAUCUUCCAGGCAUGUCAGAUACAGACGAGAAUCGCGGCAACAUCGCUCACCAUCACUUCCUCCGUUGUCAGGCCUUAUGGGUCGUAGGCAAUAUCAGUCGCGCCACUUCAGACAAAAGGCUCCACGACAUUCUGGCAAGAUAUGGGCCGCGCUUCGGAAAGAACAUCGCAGCGCUCUUGACAUUUUCCGAUGCAAAUGCCGAUGCGAACACUGCUAAAGAACUGGAAAAGCAAGGAGCAGACAUGAAAGAGUAUUGGAUUCAGACCGCGCGGGUUCGAACCGUCAUUGAAGACAUCGCGAACAUGAAAGCGCAGUUGGGCCAUACACACCAUAUUGAAGGUCGAAAUGGACUCGCGAUGACUCUGGUUCGGUUCCAAUCGGAAGUUCUUCCCCAGAGCAAGACAGCCCAGCUUGAUGCCUUCGUGAAGGGACGAAACAGCUACAUUGCUGCCAAAUUGCGAGGAAUCACACGACAAUAUCUUCCGCCGGGGGUGGAGCUCGCAGUCUUCUGCAUAUCGAAUACUCACUUCAUUUCACGACCUCCGAUGUCUGACAUGGGCAACACUGUCAUGAGCCUGGACAGCACCAAUAUUCCCGCCCUGCGACUACAUGCUUUGAGCCUGGCCGAAGACGCGAAAUUCAACAGCUAUUAUGACAGCAUCAACAACACGAUCAGCCUCUUUGAGAGUCUCGCGCUCUGGACGGCCGCGAACUCCAAGCGGCCAAAGCACUUUGAAGAGACCCUGAAUGCCCCCACGCAGCAUUUAGAAUCUCUUUCUUGCAGCCUUUCAGACGAUAUGCGGAACGCACUCAACACCGAACUGAUGUGUCACGUUGCUGAAGGUCGUACCAUGUUCCGCGAGAAGGCUUUGGAGGCAUUGCGUGAAAUCUCGAGAUACCACCCCAGCACCUUCCGAGCAUUCGUCUUCCGCAAUGGCAGUCAUCGUACUGCCGCGCAAGAGAGUGCAGUAUGGAACGAAUUGUUCGCAGGGUCGCAGAGUGAGGUGAUUUGCGAGCAUUGGGCAUCGCUGACCGAGGCUCUCAAGAAGCUGUUCCAAACAUAUGUCGAUGACAUGAUUAAAUGCCUUCAAAUCAUGUUUGAAAAACUCACAGAGGAUGCUCCCGACCAGAAGCUGGUGACGAUGCUCGAAGGCUUGUUGCACUCCUACAUGAAUCGCAUUCGCGCGGCUUACGCACAGCUCACCAUUGGCAAUGAUGGCGUCGACACGCGCCUCAAAAUCAUCAUGGAGAAAGCGACCAAAGAUGUAAACACAUCGUACUUCGGUCUUGCUCUGCGCCAUACAUACGAUGCUUGCAAAAUGGAGCGUGGCUCUGGCAGCACAGAGCGCAUGAGGCAGUGGCUGUUCCAGUCUCUCGACAGAACCGAUGCCAGCAACGGUCUACCAUGCCCCUUCGAAGCGGUGCUUACUGGCCUUGAUGAAGAUCUGACAACGACUGUCACCGAACUGAGUGUCAAGCUUCGUGAUCAGCUAGACACGACUUUAACCCACCUGAAGCACGACCUUCAACGCGCCUUUGUGAACACCACUGCUGCCAGAGGCACUCACGAACUGAACGCCCACAAGCAAUUGAAAGCAUCGUUGGCCAACAAGCAAGAGGAGUAUGAUCUCUUGAAAGCCGGGCUCAGUGAGCUCAAACAGAAAUACAACAUCCAGGAUGACGAGCUGAAGCGGCCUACACCCAAGAGUUUCAUGCAGUACAUCAGGGACUUCUUGGGUUGAAGGCCUUAACCCAACAUGAGGCAUUACGAUCUUCCACAGAGAUGAGAAAGCUCAUCUUCUUUGGAACAUAUCGCUACACGACUUGCACUUCAGAGUGGGUGCCCGCAGCAAUAGAGUGGCGAAUUGAGGAUCUCAGAACAGUACAGAAUCGCCAUCUGGCAUACGCUUUGAAGCACAUCAUCUGCUUUGCCUCAAGGCGAGACGAGGGGGAUCUUCGAAGGCCACAGCGCUUACCUAUCGCACAUUUCAUCGAGGACAUCGCACAUGUAGUCAAAGGUUGGGAAAGAGCGACAUAGAUAGACCUCCUACGUCCUGAGUUGCAUAGCCAAAUGCUUCACCAGCGGAACCCGGGGGCAGAGCAGGUGAUCAAAGAGGACGCGGCCGCUGGUAUCGGCACCUUUCAACGCAAAAUAGAUAUGACAGUUUACGCAACAUCAUUCCA